UGUGACAUACAAGAUAUCUGCAAGAAGGUCAUCUCGGCGAGAUGGGACCUUAUGAUGCAAGAAUCGGUUACUAUUAUAUCUCCUUGGGCUGGAGAUGAACCCUGAGCAGCGCCGAUAUGGCAUAUAUGGUCCAUAUAUAAACUCCUAAACUUCAACUAGUUUCUUCAGCUUUCUGGUUCGUCGAUAGCUCACUUCUUUCAUUCACGUACACAAGUUGAGGUGCUGGUCGCCUAACUUCCUACUCUUGUAUCACAACCCUUACGAGACCUUCGUCCAAUACCUGCACCCUUCCGCCCUCAUAUCUCGCAUCCAUUUUCCAAGAUGAAGUCUGCUUCUGCUGUUAUCCUCGCAGUCACAAUCAGCUUUGUCCCCGCCCUUGCGACACCAGUCAGCAUGCGUGCCGGAGACAAUAUCAAUAAUACUUCGGCACCAGCCCCUUCCCAGACUGGUCAGAUUGACCCUAAUGCCGUCAACCCCAACGCACCGGUGAAGCGCGAGAUAGAAUACGAUCACGAAUUCCUCACCGGGCUGGUCGCACGAGGGAGCAAAUCCAAUGGCAAGUCCGGGUCCAGACGUCGCGUCCGCCGACAUUCACCUACUACAUAAGAUAGGGCCGGCUCAAAUCCUACUACUAUCACGUGAGCGCCUCUGUCACGCUUGGGCUAGUUUGGGUGUAACGAAAGUAAAGAAAUACUACUCCUUGCAAUAUAUUGAG